AGAGGAGACGACAGGCAUCACAGCAAACACCCGAACAGCAAUGGAGUUCUCUGCAAAGUAUGCGAUGUUACUCGCAUUGGCUAUUUUGGUCGGGCAGGCGGCCGCCACUCUCAGUGAAGAAAUUGCCCUCGAUUUUCCUUCUCAGUGGGAAGGAGUAGAAGCAGAAGAAACCCCUUCUUCACCAUCCCCUGCCCCCCUUUAUUCCGAUCACUUCCAUCAUCCAGUUAUCCCCAUCCCUAUCCCCAUUCCUAUCCCUAUCCCUUUCCCUGUCCCUGCCUAUUCCCCUGCUGCUGGCCCUGGCCCUGCUGCUGCCCCUGCCCCCCCUGCCCCUGCCCCUGCCCCUGCUGCCCCUGCCCCAACGCCCUCUCCCGCUCCACAGCCUGAGAACGCCACGAGACCCCACGAUUUCUGUUCUCGGGCGGUAGCCUCAAACUAUUGCCCCGCGCCGCGCACCAGAGGGGAAUUCAAUGUAGAAGGGUACUUGGGAAGAUGGUACGAGAUCGGAGCCACAGCACAGUACAAGUUCCAGUACGAGCCGGGCCUCAUCUGCGACCAUGUCCUGCACAGCCUCCUUAUCCGCAGCCACGACGACUACGGUGCCGUCUUUGCGUUGCUCAACCGUGGUCAGCCCAUGCUCAAACCUCUGCAGGCAUCUGCGUUGGCCAAACUGUCAGGAGCGGCGCGCGGAGUGUGCAACAACGCCCACAAAAUCUGCAACAUCGUAUCUCCACACGCGCUCUUCACAGCCGCCCUCAACAAACUCUCAACCACAGUAAACACAAUCCGCAACGACAGCGUCAUGAGAUCCCGCCACGAGCUAGCCAAUUUGGUAACCUCAACCCGGCUACUGCGAUCCCUGGCGCGCAACAUCACCGCCACAACAAACCGCCUGGCAAGAGGCAUGACACGUCUGCAAUACCUAAACGGCAACAUAAGCCAAGGCUUGGGGCACCAGGACGCCAACGUGGACACCCUAAUGGAGGUCGCAAGCUCCAUCAAGGACUACAUUUCAGUCCUCAAUCUCCGCAUCUCCGAGGUGGCACCCAACGUCAAAGCCGAGCUCCUCCGUGACGCCACGUUUCUGAGGCCCGAGAGCAUCCCUCUCUCCGUUGCCCUUGCGGACUCCGUCGUAGAGGUGUACACGGGGCUCGAAUUGGUUCAAGCCCGCCUUCUGGACAUGACAGCCCUCUUGUCUGCCAUAACGGACUCCGUUCGCGCAUAUGACCGCGUGGCGCCGCCUUACAACUGGAACCCACUGGAGUACCCCGUGUCUGAAGUGCGCGGAAUUGCAGUCCAGAACCCGGAUGCCGCCGCCAAGUUUUUGGUGAGUCAGCACGGAUUCAAGACGCCUUACUGGGUUCUCGACGUCGAAGAACAUAACGGAACUGACGCCACCGCCGGCAACGGCACCGGCAACGGGAACGGCAACGAGACCCGCUACGAUGCGGCCUUGAUUUAUACCUGCGUGGAAACCAAGGACGGGCCUCCGCUGAAGGAGCUCUUUAUUUUGUCCCGAAACGCGAGUUUGAGCCCGGACACGCUUUCUCGCUUCGCUGCAACGGCCGAUGACGCGGGUAUUUAUACUGAGUGCGACAAUCCUUUCAUUUUCGCCGUACAGGACCGCAGGAUCUGCACUUCCUGGCCCUUCUGAGCCGCUCAAUUUCUCUGCAACUGCUUGAUUUCAGUCGCUUAGCUUAGUUUUAGUGUAGUGGGUAGCUUUAUUCUGCAUUUCCUCUGGAAUUUCCUGUUUGGGGUUUCCAUUGCAGUACGACGUAUCUAAGUAGGCGGCUUGGUAUUGAGAAUAAAAUGUCGUACUUGAGACUACAAAUGUUUUCAGGCACAAUAAGGUAUUUUUUGGCUGAAAUAUUUUAUAAUGCUUUUUUAA